AUGCUUUCAGGAAGCGAGCUCAAACACUUUGUCAGUGGUCGGUCAUUGUACCAUGUUCUACAACCAUGGUGGGAUGUCUUCAGCCACCACCUCUCCAUUAUGAUGCUUAUGGUCGCUGCUGUUGGCGGAACUCUGCAAAUUGCCCAGUGCAAGAUUCUUUGUGUUCCUUGUCAGCUGUCUUCAGAUCAUGGUUGUACACCUCCUUUAGAUUUGGGCACAGCAAAUCAUAGCUCAGCAAGCUACACCAGUACUGGUAUCCCACUCCUAACUGGAAUUAUAAACGAUCUGGAUUUGCAGCAGUAUUCGUACAUUGAUGCUGUGUGCUAUGAGAAACAACUCCAUUGGUUUGCUAAGUUCUUCCCCUAUCUGGUCCUCUCCCAGACGUUGAUCUUCAUACUGGUUAGCAAUUUUUGGUUUAAGUACCCCAGUACAAGUUCAAGACUUGUGCACUUUGUUUCCAUUUUACGUAAAUGUUGUGACUCUCCUUGGACCACUCGUGCUUUGUCCGAAACGGUUGCUGAACAAAACAGUCAGCGGUCCACUCUGAGCAAAUAUAGUGUUUUAAAGUCAUCAUCUUCAAUGGAUGGUGAUGUUAGACCCAAUAAUUUAGUGGGAAUUGACCCAAUUGGUAUUUUGGACAAAAAAGAGGGUGAACAAGCUAAAGCAAUUUUUGAAAAAGUUAAAAAGUUUAAAAUGCAUGUUGAAGAAAAAGACAUUAUAUAUCGAUUAUAUAUGAAUCAGAUACUGGCUAAACUGAUGUUGUUCUUCAUCAUUAUGGCUUAUAUCCCUUAUGUUACUACUUGUAUAUCAUUUGAUUUAGAUUGCGUGGUUGACAUACAAGCAUUUACAGGGUAUCAGAGAUAUCACUGUGUCCAUUCUUUGGCGACCAUUUUCAAAAUGCUUGCAUCAUUCUAUGUGGUGUUAGUUAUAAUGUAUGGGCUUAUGUGUUUUUAUAGUUUUUGGUGGAUGCUCAGACGUUCUCUUAAACAAUACUCGUUUGAGUCUGUUCGAGAAGGAAGCAGCUACAGUGACAUCCCGGAUCUUAAGAAUGAUUUUGCUUUUAUCCUUCACUUGUUAGACCAAUACGACCCUCUUUUCUCUAAACGCUUUUCUGUCUUUUUAUCAGAGGUCAGUGAAAACAAACUUAAACAGAUUAAUCUGAACGAUACAUGGACUGCUGAAAAGUUGAAGCAAAAGCUGUCACGUAAUAUACAAGACAAAGUAGAACUGCAACUAUUACUACUCAGUGGGAUUCCAGAUGCUGUAUUUGAGUUAAAAGAACUUGAAGUCCUAAAGCUCGAGCUCAUUCCUGAUGCCAGGUUCCUACUAAAAGUAACGCAGCUUGUCAAUCUGAAAGAAAUAUGGCUUAACCAUACGAUAGCUACUGUGGAUUUCCCAGCACUAAGUUUCCUGUCUGAAAACAUUAAAAUAUUAAGGUUAAGAUGUACAGAUAUGGAUAGAGCUCCACAGUGGAUGUUUAGUUUAAUAAACCUCAGGGAACUUUACUUGGACCUGCCUCCAGAAAGUAAUGCUCAAUUCAUUAACGGACUUGCAAAGCUUAAAAAUCUGAAAGUUCUGUUCUUAAAGAACAGUAUACCAUGCAUUCCACAGGUGAUACCUUGCUCAUUGUCUUCCCUGCAGAAUUUAUCUGUAAACAAUGAAGGCACAAGAUUAACAGAGUUAAAUAACCUCAAAAUGAUGAUAAACCUCACAUGCCUUAAGCUUGUCAACUGUGAUCUAGAGCGAAUCCCACACUCAGUUUUCAGUCUUACUGAUCUGUGGGAAAUUGAUCUGGAAGGAAACAAUCUUAAAACAGUUGAAGAAAUUAUUAGUUUUCAGCACCUUCAGAGACUUUGCACUAUCAAACUGUGGCACAACAACAUUGCAUAUAUCCCUAUGCAUAUUGGGGCUUUGGAAAGUCUUGAGCAACUUUACCUGAGCCAUAACAACAUUGAUACCAUUCCUCUACAGCUUUUCCUGUGCAGCAAACUAUCCCUUCUAGACCUUAGUCACAACAGCUUAACUUUUAUUCCAGAUGAAAUACACUAUCUUAAGAAGUUACAGUACUUUGCCGUCACCAACAAUAAUGUAAGUAGUCUGCCAGAUGGAUUAUUUCAGUGCAGAAUGCUCCAGUCUUUGCUUCUGGGAAAUAACAGUCUAUCAGUAUUACCUCCCCUGGUUAGUGAACUAGUGAACCUAGUAGAGCUGGAGCUCAGUGGAAACCAACUGGAGACACUACCUGUGGAGCUGGGGGGCUGUUUGAACCUUAGAGCUAGUGGUCUGAUUGUAGAAGAUUGUCUAUUCCGUUCCCUUCCAUCUGCAAUGAAAGAAAACUGGCUACAAUCUGAGAAAGAGCAACUGUGA